CAGCGAGAAGUGAAGUCAAACCACCUUGCUGCUCCUCCAGCCUGCCAGAGCAGAUCAGAGGCACCGGUAAUAAUCAGCGGUGUGAGGAUUAUGACUACAAGUAACCCCACCGAAAACAGCGCGCUAUAACUGUCACACCCGACUUUUCUAACAAGCUAAAACCGUAGCUGUGCGUUUUGUUAUUUUUCUACGUCAAGCUGAAGAUAACUGUAUUGCUAUAUAAAGCGUUUGUAUAUCGGGGAAGAUGUCAGUGGUGGGGUUUGACUUGGGAUUUCAAAGCUGCUAUGUAGCUGUAGCCCGAGCCGGAGGAAUCGAGACAGUCGCUAAUGAAUACAGCGACAGAUGCACACCGUAAGUAUCUUGAUCUAUACAUUUUAACUUUUAAAGAAAAGACUAAAUGUGUGGUCGUUUUUUUGCCUCACCGGUGUCAGUGCAGUGCACGUGAAUGCCGCUUCAAUGCCCAGCUAACCUGUAGUUAGCCUUAUGUCUACCACUCUGACGGUUUAUGAUAAUUAAAAUCCUCUUCUCUAAGUUAAAUAUGUGGAAAUUUUCUUUACGUUUACAUGCUUAACGUAUAACAAAUAGGAACCACCCUUAACUUGACAGCUCGCUCUAACGGAGCUAACUAGCUAAGCUCCCGUUUUUUUUUCUCUUAACGGCACUCUGCUAUGUUUGGCGUUUGUUUUUGGUUGCCAGUCGUACACAAGCGGGCGGUAACGACUACAACUCAUUUGAAUUCGAUAGCCCCGACUCAACCGGCGUGCCCCGGGUGUCAAACCGAGCGCCUUACACUAUGUCCUAUACGAUGACGACAUCAGCCAAUCGCCCGUUGGAAUAUUCUAGCAAUUUUAACGCUUCAGAAAGAGUUUAACGAGUUACACUCAAUGUGUUUAUUAUUUAUUUAUUCGAAAACAUACAUAUGUAUACGAAAGUUUUUAUGACGAGCUAUAUUUUCUUUGUUUUUAUGGCCUGAAGCGGCACACUUUGUACCUGCAGUGGAUGCAUUUACUGUAGAUCCUGUUACUGAAUGUAUACCAUAGACCAGUGGUUCUCAACUGGUCUCACUCUGGGACCCACAUUUUUCCAUGGUCCUUAAGUUGCAACCCACUUUUAUAACAUGCAAACCAAGAAUUUAUUUAUUUUUAUUAAAAAAGAAAAUCAAAGACUUAAAGGUGGGGUAGGCGGGAUUCCGUUAAAGAAGCAUCUUUUUUGUACAAAAUUUACAAAAAAGCUUUUAAUAUCAGUCAGUAGCUAUUAGUUAUUGAUAACAUUUGGCAAUAUAACAAUAUCGCUGUGUUUUGUUAUGUCUGUGUAGUCAACAUUUUAAUUCUUUUGAGGGGCCACUCUCUGUGACUGUAAACAAAGCCGUUCUCCACCUUCCCAAACCAAACGAUGAUUUCGUCAUCGUCAACGAAAACAACACUGUACUGGAGACUCUGGCAGAAUAACGGGCGCUUAAAAAGACGGGCAAGAGCUAAGACUCUGGGUCAACAUCAGCAUAAACAUUGGGGAACGCUUCGAGAUCUUUGUGACCCUGUAACCUUUCUGCUGGACAGGCAAACCGCUCUAACAAAGUAAGCCAAGUGUCUGUUACAGGGUUGGGAGGGGUAGUGUUUACAUUCAAGAUUUUUUCCCAAAAACUGGCACUUCCUCAGAUCCUGCCUACCCCACCUUUAAAUCUUCAACAUAAAUACACUGAUUUUAUUGAGUACAGUGCUUUUCAGAGAACAUUAACUGCGGACGACAGCUACUAAAGUUGCAUAUACAGAAAAUAUCAAAAUGCACAAAAUGGAGACCAGCAAAAUGAAAAAUUUGACUUACAUGCAUCUCUGCAUUCAGAGCAUAUUCAGAAGCACCCGAGGAGGACAUGCAACAGCAUGGACAAAGGUGAAUAAAUAUCAAAUAAAGACCAAUAAAAAAAAUCAUGUAUUUUUACUGCAUUCAGGCCACAUUAAUAAGAAACCGAGGAGGACUAUAGCAUAACACUUGCCUUUUAAAAUAAGGUACUUUUCAAAAUAAAAGACAUGUCAAACAUUAGAUGUGCAUUAAAUAUUUACUUUUUUGACCAGCUGUUCACGGCCCAUCUAGAACGUGUCCAUGACCCACUUUUGGGUCAGGCAACACCAGUUGACAACCACUGCCAUGGACUGUAUGUAUUAUACCUAUGAGUUAGAGGAAAUUUCACUGGGACUUUUGCCAUCAUUCAUGAAUUGCUGACAUGUGUGCACGUACUUAUACAGAUAUUGUUACAGAACUAAAAGGUAGGACUGCGUACAACAAAGUAGUAGACUAUAUAUUUAUCUUUAUUCAACUUAUAGAGAUGAUUUGGGAUCCAACCAAAUGAAUUGUUCAUGAAGGAAUCUACAAUCAUGGUUUAAGUGACAACAACCAAUUCGUCUUGUCUUCUUGUUGUAGGAAGUCAAAGAGAAUACGUUUAGUAAACUUACAAUCAAUGAAAGACGAUUUUUUUUUAAACAAUUACCUCAAGUUGCUUUAUUAUAAACAUACAUUUCUUUUAUAGGUCUUACGUUUUCUUUAACUUGGAGAUAUGUAUUGUUAAAUGGAAACAAAGGAUUACGCGAGAUUCAUUAGCUGACCGGAGACAAACUAAUUAAGGCAUAGUAUAGGCAGAUCUGGUGUGAAUUCUAACUUUAAAACCCAUAUAUUUACUCAAAUAUCACAAUUAUAUAAGUACUUACAUUUUCUGAUUACUGUUACUGAAUACUGAAGAUAGGCCUCCUACUCUUCUUCCACAACAGUGUUCCUUUACAGUUUGAGACUGGUCAAUUAAAAUGCAGAGUCCUUUCUACUAUAUUGUGUUGUGGGUGUAUUAUAAAUACAGAAUUUAAAUAUCUUUGAAACCAGUCUUUACAAUCAAAAAGUGUUGAAUAUGCAUUCAAGAAGUGCUACUGAAAGCUCGCCUACAGCUGCCUUUGAGUAACUCUGAGGAUGUUCCCAGCUUUCUCUUGUGUAUUUUCUUCCUUUAGAUCAUUUUAGUGCUUUGCUAGAUGUCCCUGUUUUUUUCUGCACAUCUCAUCACUAAAAAUAAGCUUAAGAACAUCACAGCUUUCAGCUUACCAAUUCUCUCUCCGGAGUCAUAAUGUGGCUGAGUGCAUGUUAAGCCAAUGUUCAUCAAAAGCCAGCUGCGUUGACCCCUCUUUGACAUCUCUAACUGCGUGAAGAUUGUAGCGCUGACAUUUGUGUGUGAAGUGAUGAUGGCUUACUGUGGUACAAGUUUACUGGCUACCUCGCAUUGGGUUCAUACUGUGGUUGUAAACUGUCAAAGAUGGGUCUAUUUCUGCAUUUGGAGAUAUAGAAAAGGAUAAUAACCUCUGUUUGGAACAAAUUAUUACAAUAGCUGAGACCAGUUUUACACCACCCUAAACAAGCAGUCGGAUUUCACUGGGAAACAGUCUCAGCUUCAUGUGGGUUGGGCUCUGAAUUGUUGUGUGAUGCGUAGACACAAGACCAUGUAAUCCCUUAAUUGGUAUUUAAGAGGCAUCUGACAAGAUUUGGGGUGUAUUCACCAAAGGGAGAAUGAUACAGCAUGUCCUCAGAGAACAACUAGUGUACCCUUGCUUAGGAAGUGAGGCAUGUAUUUAUUUGAUCAAUUUUUUACAGUUCACUUUUCUACCAUAAGUGUCGAAUCACAAACAGUGUGAUUAACUCUAGGGCCCGAUCAUCUGGAUUUGGUGGCCGAUGCCGAUACCAACUACCAAUUAAUCGGCAAAUUUUUUAAUAUUUUUAUGAAAUUAUAAAAAAAAUAUUUACUGUUGGUAUCUUCAGUUUAGUAUAUAAUGUAAUGUGACCGAGACCAGCACAGCGGGGAACAUCGUGAAGUGGGUUGAACUGAAGCUUGUUGACUUAUUGUGUAUUUCACAAACUGGUUAAUUUACCGUUGAGGUGGACCACUCUCCUCCGUGCGUCCCUGAGCUGCCUGCUUUAGAUCCGUCACUCUGCUGUGCUGUGAGGUAGUUAGUGGAUGAAGAUUGUCAUGAGGUCGCUGCGCCAACUACAGGAUAAGUCGGGGAAAUUAGCAUUUCAUUUCUGAAAAUAUCAGCGAAAAUCUGCGAGUUUUUGCCGAUUACCGAUCAGUCUCAAACGGUCUAAAACGGGCCCUAAUUAACUCGUCUUGCUCUGGUGAGUUGACUUUUCCUCCUGGUGUCUUUCAGGUCAUUUGUAUCAUUUGGACCAAGAAAUCGGGCCAUAGGAGCAGCUGCAAAGAGCCAGGUAAGACCAGUCCAGUAACCCAGCUGAUACAUUACAAAAAAUAAUAGUAAUAAGAUAAAUGCCAAGUUUUAUUACCAUUAUGUCAACUCAAAGUUCUUUUAUGUUUCUUACAUUUUGACCAGGUGGUGACCAACUGUCAGAACACAGUGCAGGGUUUCAAGCGGUUCCAUGGCAGGGCAUUUUCAGACCCGUACAUCCAGUCAGCCAAAACUAACUUGGUGUAUGACUUGGCGCAGAUGUCCUCUGGAUCCACCGGAAUCAAAGUAAGAUUUUUUUUUAAAAAUAAAAGUUUCCUUCUGCUGUUUUGGUACUGACAUAACCUAGGGUGGUGGCAGAGAGAGAAAACAUUCCCAAAGUUCUUUGAAAGUACACAAAUGACACAACUUGGCUGGCACACAAACCCAGCCUGGCGUGUUUGUGUCCCAGUGGAGAUAAUUAAAGUAAGUCCUGAAGACAAAAUCGAGCAGAAGACACAACAAAUUGAGAGAAAUUAAAUCAAACUGCUGGUGGCUGCAUAUUCCGUCCCUGCUCUCAAGAGUUUUCUAAUUUCAUUUUGACUCAGUACAUAUUUACGGUGGUUAUAUGAUGUUGGGACCUGUGAUUUUAGUUUUAUGUAUACUUAACUCAUUUAAACACAUCACAAUAUCCCUUUUCCCAAUUAUAAUAACGAAAGAAUAGUUUGUAUUCUCUGUAAAGUUUGUAUUUUAAUCUGUAAACUUAAACAACUGUCUUUUUGUUUUUGUCAACACCAGGUGAUGUAUAUGGAAGAGGAGAAAGUGUUCAGCAUUGAGCAGGUCACUGGCAUGCUGCUGACCAAGCUGAAGGAGACUGCUGAAAGUGCACUGAAAAAACCCGUGGCAGACUGCGUCAUUUCGGUAAGCAGUUGUGCAGACAAGCGCGGCUUUCACAGCUUUAGUUGUGUGUUCAAGAAUCCGUGCAACUACUUGAAUAGAUUUGUCACUGCAUGAGUUUUAUUGUAAAAGAUGAACACUUACAUAGGUUGGGAAAAGCAGAGAGCCAGUGGGUAUUUGAAAUCCUCACUACAUCAGAUUUACAUACUUAGUAUUCAGAGUGGCAGGAUUUGCAGAGCUAGUUUUGCAUUUUGGGGUAAAAAACAAAAAAAGAAAGCCUUGUUCAGUCUGCCUCGGAGGUGUUAAUGUAUCACCACCUGUUCAUGUGACAUUUUUAACUCUGUGCACUUCACCAGAUGUCUUGUCUGAAAGCCUUAUUUCCUCUCUUGCACCUUGUGGGUCUCAGAGUGGGAUGUGUGUAUGUGUGUGUGACAGUGGAGCCUUUCUUGCUGUGCUCAGUAUAUGCAUUCAGCAUCUGUUAUGUAACGUCACAGAUUUCACACACACAAAGGCUUUUGCUUUCACUGGGCUUAAAUCUACAGUUUACAUCAGCCCGAGAGACAGAUAACAUGUUAUUAUUACUGUGGCCAAUGGCUAAAUUUAGCCCCUGAGCUUUUCCACAAGGAGAUGUUUUGUUUUGGCACCCGGAGUAACUAACAUGGUAACAUUACCCAGAGAUCUUGUGAUGCAGGGGAUUUAUUUUGGACGUCUUCAGCGAUGUCUUAGUCUUAAAGGGAUAUUCCAGCGUAAAUUUAAGUUAUGAUCAAACACACCGCAACACCAAGUUAGACACCCCCCCACGAGAGAUGAAUGUUGCCGACUGCUCGCUUUUCUAGUUAUACCAACUUCAGCAACUACCGCACAAUAGCAAUACACAGCGAUCUAUGUCUCCACGUGCAAACCUCAACCAAAACGCCACUCUAUAGCCCUAAAUAAUGCUCAGAACAGCACCUAACUUCAUCAACAGAACAUAUAGGGUCCUAGCCAUAGUACUAGCCAUCAAACAUCUUUUUUCAUUUCAAUGAAGUAAUAAUCAUAAAUGUUCUUCCUUAAGCUGUGAAACUCCGGUGUUUUUCCCGGCUAUUUCACGUCUUAGCCCACCACAUCUAAAAAUACCUCAAAUUAGGGGAUUGAGGAUGUGACAUUGCCUGCGUCUGAGCAGAAAACAAUAACAACGCAACUAAGCGAUUUCGUCUCGUCUCAUUUUAGUGAACGAAAAUGAAAAGACAUUUAAGCAGGGUUUUUAUUUGGUGAAUCACAUUUAGUCUCGAUUAUUCAUCAACAAUCUUGUAUUAUAUAUUAAGUUAUAGUUAUUGUCACAAGACCGCCAUCUAUGUUUCGUCCCGUCUUGUUUUGAUAAAGGUUCGUUGACGCCGAUAUUUCGUUGUAAUUCUCAUUGAUGAAAGCAACAUUACUGCUGUGUAUUGCUAUCGUGCGGUCGAUGUUGGUAUAACUAGAGAACAACAUUCAUCUCUCGAGGGGGUGGGUGUUAUGGUGUUUGACCAUGACUUAAAUUUACGCUAGAAUAUCCCUUUAAUGUCAGGUUUUUGUUUGUGAAUGUAUAAUAUGCUGAUUAUUGGUUCUAGUGAGGCUAUCCAUUUUAUUACUUAAAAUACAUCAAUGUUAAGACUGCGAUGUUUUCACUUCCAAGGUCCCCACCUAUUUCACCGACGCUGAGAGAAGGUCUGUCAUGGAUGCAGCUCAGAUCGCAGGCCUCAACUGUCUACGGCUAAUGAAUGAGACCACAGCAGGUACAUUUUGACACAGCUCACUCUCAACACAAUCCCCCAAAACGUGUCCUGUAAGAGACGUUUGAUAAAGGCAGCUUUAAGCUAUCUUGUAUGAGACAUGUUUUCUUUUUUUUUGUCUUGGAGCAGUUUCUCCUGUCAAAUGAGCUCUGAGAAAGUGUUUAGCUGUCCACGUCUAGCCAAGCAUAUGACCAAAUGUAGCCUGUGAGUCAUGGCUGAGCAGAAUUACCCAGGGUUGAGACAUGCCAGAGCUAUAAAUCUAUGAAAACAUGAUACAGCAGAGCGACAGUAUAUUUUCAGAAACAUGCUGCAGCUUGCAAAUCAUGAUUUAGUCAUUUUCAUGAGAUACAGUGUAGACAUGUACAACAGGGCCUGUGUUUAGUUUCUAUGCAUUCACAGCAUGUUAGAUAACAUACAUGUUAAUAACCUUUUCUGACAGUUCACACCCGUACACACGUUUUUGUUGCAGUGACCCUCGCAUAUGGCAUCUACAAACAGGACUUACCAGCACCCGAAGAGAAGCCCAGGAUAGUGGUGUUUGUCGACGUGGGCCACUCAGGUUACCAGGUGUCAGUUUGUGCCUUCAACAAGGGAAAGCUCAAGGUGAGUGAUGAAUAAUUUGUGCUCGUUUUGAAAAGAGACUCUGAAAAGAGAAAUAUAUGAAGACGUGCAUGAACUGACCUUCAAGCUGGUGAAGAAGAUACCAAGGUUUUCUUAAAGCACUCUUCAUGCUAACUGUCUUUCUUUACAGCGUUUUCUUAAAAAUCAAGAAUAAAACAUAUAAACUGAAAUCUUAUGAUUGUACUUAAUAUUUUGCUGCUUAUAGAUCAAGGAUUUUGUUUCUUGAUAUCGAGUGAAGACAAGAAAGUUAACUCAUUCAGUGCCAUUGAUGAAUUUGGACAGAUUUUUCAGUUUUUUUGUUUUCCCCCAGAGGUCGCUUCUUCCAAACAUGUGGCUAAGUUUGGGGUCGUUCUGAACGCAGAAAAGCCGACAAAUACAUCAUAAUCAUGUUACAACAACAAAAAUAAGUACUCGCCAGUGAGAAGUGUGCCAGUUAGCCCAGUUGUGGAGUGUUUUUUUCUCUAUGAGGAGAGUAUGAAAACGCCAAGAGAAAUUAGCCAAGAGUUAACGGUCUCCGUGCAUCGGCUCCCGUGGGCGCAGUGCUACCGUCUCUGGAUCCAGUGGAGAUCCUGGUACCUUCAAAUCGUCAGCUAACAAUUAACGAAACAAUUUUCCGGCGUGUCAUUGUGCCGUCAGUGCUGGUACUGGUGAGCGAGACUGAGCAGUCAAUGGUGUAAAAUUGCAUAAAUAAACCUGGCACUGAAUGAGUUAAUUUAUUCAAAAAACGUCUUUAAAAGUAGACGUGUGUAUCUUUUAUUUGCCACCUCUCUUCAUAUCUUCCUUCUUCUCCUCCACCAUCAGGUCCUCGCCACAGCCUUUGAUUCAGAGCUCGGCGGGAAGGACUUUGAUGACAUCCUGGUCAGUCACUUCUGUGAGGAGUUUGGGAAGAAGUACAAGCUGGACGUCAAGUCCAAACCCAGAGCCCUCGUCCGACUCUACCAGGAGUGCGAGAAGCUGAAGAAGCUGAUGAGCGCAAACUCCUCAGACCUGCCUCUCAACAUCGAAUGUUUCAUGAAUGACAUUGAUGUUUCAAGUAAACUCAACAGGUGGGUUUGAAGUUGAAGAUAAGUCCCGCGAUUACCUAGUUUUUUGUGUGGAAAUUUAUGAAUAAUCUUUGACCGCGUGUCCCCAGAGGCCAGUUUGAGGAGAUGUGCGCGGGGCUGCUGGCUAAGGUCGAGGCUCCUCUUCGCAGUGUCAUGGAACAAACCAGUGAGUAGAGCUGACUUCAAAAGCAGCUGGACUGUCCCACAUCUGCAUGUGUGAAGUUACGUGAGCUUCCCUCAGGCUGCACAGCUGCUCUCCUACCUCACCUCAACCUCUUCUUUUCUUUCCCUCUCUGCAUUCAACUAAAUAAACCGUAGUGCCUGUGUUGGUCGUUGGUAAUGCCCGUGCAAACACCCAUGUGGCUUUACUUAACACAGCUGUACUGUUUGCUGUCUUAUUUCCGUAAUAUCAGUGUUUAUGACCAGAUCUGUAAACUCCUAAUAUGCCUGUUUUGUAUCAUCCUUGUCUUCUGUACCCAGAGCUGAAAAAGGAGGAUAUCUAUGCAGUGGAGAUCGUCGGAGGUGCAUCCAGAAUCCCUGCCAUCAAAGAGAGAAUCAGUAAAUACUUUGGCAAAGAGCUGAGCACCACCCUGAAUGCAGAUGAGGCUGUGGCCAGAGGCUGCGCUCUGCAGGUACAGCUCACCUGGCACGACCAACAGUUUCAGUCCUGUUAAUGACUCACGCAGCAGACUCACUCGCUGGCAGCUGUGGUGAUAAAGUGGGAGGAGAUGUUGAAGGAUAAGUGUUAAAACAUGGGCAUGUGCUUUUGUUAAAAGCUGCUUUUCUUCUCUUUUAAUGGAUAUGAAAAAUGCCAAAACCUUUCUUUGAUUUCCUUUUCAGAAAAUAAUAACUUUCUUUCUAAAUGUUCGGAAAUGUAAUAUUGUGUUUGAGUCAUAAUUUCUUUCUGUUUUGCCGAAAAGAAAGGAACUUUAGGAUGAAGCUUUAAACUGUAAUAACUUGUGUAAUGUUUUCUCCUCCUCAGUGUGCGAUCCUGUCACCAGCAUUUAAAGUCAGAGAGUUCUCCAUCACAGAUGUUGUCCCCUACCCCAUCUCCCUAAAGUGGAACUCAGCCGCAGAGGAGGGACUGAGGUAAGAUUUUGUUUUUGCACAGGAACAUCUUAAUCGGAGUUUAGAUGGCUCUUUGCUGGCUGUCUGUGUCACACUGAAAGAAUAGGAGGAAUCAUUGCAUAUUGGAACUUUGUACAAAUGGUAAAGAGACUGUAUUGACGCCUCAGUAUGGAGACACCAGGACCUGAAAUUGAAGGAUACCGCCACAUAAUUUUAUCAGGUGUCAGCAUGAAGUUGUUCCUUGUGGACUGAGGUUUUAGGAGGAAAGCCUUGUUGUAUUAAUUAACAUGUCUGGGGUCCUGUUACCGUACCAGUAUUGUUUGUACCUCUAUAUCCUAUAUUUUAAUUAGUCUGUUAUGAAAUAGUUCCCAACAGUAUUAGUUAGAAUUGUUUUGAUUGGCUCUCAUUAGGGCUGGGCGAUAUGGCCUCAGAUCAAUGUCACGAUAUAUUGAGCAGUUCACCUCGAUAACGAUAAAUAGACGAUAACUACUCCACAAGCUGCUCACCCCCUCCCACAUUAACUUUGUCUACUUCAGCCGCAACAACUUUUGAACCGUCCUCCAUCUCCUCACCUGUCUUUCCCUCUUUGUUACGGACUGGAUGGGGUGGAGUCAGGUCUGAGACAUGAGACCAUAGCCUACCUACACACAUCCAAAACCAACUUUCAUUUAUUUAUUGUUUUGACACCGAUUAUAUUGACAUGGGCAAAAUGACGUUGUUGGGUUAUUGUCGUAAAUUUUCAGUAAUUUUCAGUUUAUCGCCCAGCCCUAUGUAGCUCUCAUUAAAAUAACCUCCUCAAAACCUGCAUUGAAGACAGGGUUAGAAGUCUAAAUGUUUUUUUUCUUUUUUUCUUAUACCUCUGCUGCCACCGUCUCUUCAGAUACAUAUAUAUACUUAUAGAUUUUCUUACUUUGUGCAUCAUUUACCAAACUCUGCAUCAGUAAAAAAACCCUGAUCUUCAUCUUUGGGAUUAAACUUCAUCAACUCCUCCUCCUACUGUGUUUUGUUUUUCAGUGAUUGCGAGGUUUUCUCCAAAAACCAUGCAGCUCCCUUCUCCAAAGUCUUGACUUUCUUCAGGAAAGAGCCCUUCACCCUUGAAGCCUACUACAACAACCCAAAGGAGCUCCCCUACCCCAGCAGCACUAUAGGUACUGCCAGUUCAACAUCAGGGAUUACCCGCAAAAGAAAAGAGUUUGGAUAUGAAGUGUGGAACAGUCAUUUUAUUUCCCUGAAGAAGAAGAAAGUUAAAAACUAAUGGUGUUUUAUGUAAAAGAUUGUUUAUGGAAUAUUACUGAUUAACUUAUUAAUUUAACAUUUAACUUUUAUUACUCUUUAAGGUCCAAAAGGUCAUUUAUAACUUGGUGUGCUCCUGCUCUGUAUUGUAUUUGCCACCUGAUUUUAAUGGGUGCUGCUAUAAAUCAUUCUCACCUUUAGUCUGUAUAGUUUCAUAUAGCUGUGAAUUAUUAAGAGUUAUAAAGAUUAAAAGUAGUUUUUUAUUUUCUUUAUAGGUAGUCUCAGCCGAGCCUCCUGAGUGCAUAUGAUGACAUUAGUUUUCGACCCUAUAAGGCCAUGAAGUGCAAACUUUGACCCUCUUCUCUCACCCUAAAGGUCAGUUCUUGGUCCAGAAUGUGGUUCCUCAGGCAUCCGGUGAGAGCGCGAAGGUGAAGGUAAAAGUGCGAGUCAACGUUCAUGGCGUUUUCAGCGUGUCCAGCGCCUCACUGGUUGAGGUUUUGAAAACAGGAGAGGGGGAAGAACCAAUGGAGACGGACCAGACAGGGAAGGAGGAGGAGGUGCGUACGGUUUGUGUUGACUUUGUGUGUGAGAGAAACGUGACAGGGUGUGUGCGAGUGGGUGUGAGACGGAGAUUGGUACGAAAACGGACAGAGGAACCCCUGGGUUUAUUCUACGCUUUGUUUGCUUUGUAUUUCACUAAAGGUCUUUUUUUCCCAGAGACAGCCAGGCCACACCUUUUGUUUUAAAUGGGUAGUUAUGUCAUCAUUAUGGAAUUUAGAGAUCUUGCCUUAACAGGCUACAGACGGCUUCAAAUCCCUGCUGCUUUCUCUCCCUUAUGCUUCAUUAUCUGCUCUCAAAAGCCAAUUUUGCUUGGCACCAAGACCAGCCUCUUUCUCCCAAAUUAACGUGUUAUAACUGUCCUUCGAGAGGUUGGACGCGCCGUCAGAAACACCUGUGUGGUUAAUACUGAACUCCCAUCCUUGAAUGUGGAGAAAAACAGUCCCAGUUUUUAUCUUACACAGUCUGUACUGUGUCUUUUUCUUGUGUUAUUGUGUGUCAGAACAAAAUGCAGGUGGACCAGGAGGAUCAGAAACUUCAGACUGGAGACAACGGAGACAAGAAAUCAGAGACGGAGGAGAUGGAGGUAACCUUGUGCUGGGGGAUAAGGCGCUCGCCUUUGUGUCCAUACGCUGCACACGGAAGGAGUACACUCUUUCCUUCGAGCGCUUGGUAGAUGGCAGGAGGAAAAACCGUAACUUGUCAAAAUCCUCCUGUCCCAUGUUAACGAGAAGGCAGUGUUCGAGUUUAGGAUGUCUUUUCAAUACAAUUUUUUUUUAAAUUACCCACAAGUACAAAAACAUUUUCAGCUCCUUUACACAGAAAACAAUGUACUAAAGAUAUAAAUCAAGCCCGUGCUAGUAGAGGUGCAAUGGAUCAAAUAGUUUGGUUCAUAAAUUGACAGAAAAAGAGAUACCAGUAUUUGUAAAAUGUUCCUCUUCCUUGCUAAGCCUUUAUCAAAACUGCAUUUCAAAGCUAAAAUAGUUUUAGGAUGACAAUUUCAAUGUUGCUUUUACUUUAGAUUAUUCAAAAUAAAUCUUAAACUUCCUGUAAGGAACUUUUAACUGGAUUUGAAAAAAAUCUGGUUUCUGCUGAUGUCUCCCUGUCGGCUGCAACAACGAAUGAACCCGUCAUUGAGCACUCAGACCAGAGACGACACGUGCAUUUUUUCUCUUUAUUUUGCACGGAAAACACACAUAUGACCGUCACUACACAAACGGUGACUACGUCUUGCAGCAGGAAACUCCUGCAGACGCUGUGUCAUGCUACAGCUGCAGCCGCGGAGUAAGAAGCUCCUCCACACCGGAGACAGACAGGCAGAGCAGCUCUGUGUCACUAACCUGAGUAGUUCUGCUGCUCCACGUCUGUCUCACACUCCACGGCGGGCUGACCCAGACCCGCCUCCCAUUUUAAAUACAUCUACAAAGUUAGAGUGCCUCAAACUGCUCACAAAAAAGUUAGUUUCUGGAGCCAGAUAAGUGUCUUUACGACGAUUUGCGCUAAAACACUACCGCUUUUGUCCAUAGUGGCCGCCAAAAUCAACAGAAAAUGAAAACUCUUUCCAGCUGCUUUAACUAAACUUGUAGAUCACUCGACUCGAUUAACUUCUAGCCCUGUGCUCCAGGGGUCAUUUUAGUCGUUCCAGUCCAGGUCAACGACAUACUCUCUUAUUCUCACUCUGCACAUGUUUUAGGACUUUUACUUUGGGUAAUAACUGCGUCCACUCUCGCUGCAACCACAGUGUUUUCAGGACUGGAGUGAUGUUUGGUCUCUGAAGAAAGAAAGAACCCUCUUAGUGAAUACAUGUCCCCUUGUUGUAUCCAUGAACAUGUGUGUCCGGCUUUUGGGUUAAACUGGCAUCAUCAUAUCACUGCCAGAAUUUUUCGGUUAAUCCUAAAGGAGACUAAUUAUUGUCACCCUACUAGUGCAGUAAAAAGCAGUGAUUUGUCUGUUCUUUUUAAUUGUUUUGAACUCUGAAUUCUUCACACUCACUCACACAGUCCAAAUAUAGGCAGGGCUAAAACACACACACACGCACACAUCUUUCUCAUACUUAUCGGUACUUAUAACGUAUCGGUUUCAGAAGUCGUUAAAGCUCAUCAUAACUUUUAUUGUACAGAUUAUUUAGAAACAUAAUCACUCCAGCAGAUCCAUUGCACCACUACUCAUUUAUUCUCUUUCACAUUUAUUAUUUUAUUGAACAUUGAUAAAACACUAAUAAUCUUUCUGAGACUGAAUUUUUAAACUACUGUUAUUGAUAGCUAAUUUUCGCCAUAUCACCCAGCACAAAGGUAACCACAGUUAACUGUCCUUUGGAGCUACAUUUUUUUUUUGCACUAGAUGAUUCAUAUUCGCCAAAGGACUCUGUCGUCAUUUUCACACAUGAUAAUAACAUUAACAGAGGAUUUAGAGUUUCAUCAUUUUUCAUCAUGUGGUCACUUUUUUUUCUCAUUAGCUAAGAGCUUUCAAAGGAAGAAGUUCAAUAUAACCCGGCUAAAAACAUUUCUGAAGAGUGAAAUAACUAUUUAAAAUUCUGACACACAACCACUACAUGUAAAAUAACUCCCUGUGUAUGUAUACAUGACAAAGUUGUUCAGCCACUACAGUGAUUUGAAUGUAUCUGAUAGAAAAAAAAGGCUUCAAACCAGUUUGAUUUACUCAGAGCAGGUGUUCAUGUGUGUACGUUCAUCAUUCUAAACGCACAACAGCAGCUGUGUUUGCAGAGACUGAUUUUUAUCCCCUCUCUUUCCAGACGACGACAGACGACACCAACAAAGAGAAGAAGACCGACCAGCCCCCUCAAGCGAAGAAGCCCAAAGUGAAAACGAAGACGAUCGAGCUGCCCAUAGAGAACAAUUUGCACUGGCAGCUGUCCAGUGACGUACUAAAUAUGUUUGUAGAGAAUGAGGUAAUGCUCUAAAAAUCAACAGGAAUGUCCGGCAUGCACAAACUCAAACAGUGUGUUAGUGGAACCUGCUGGUCCGGAUCCCAUUUGGACUUUUAUUGGGAGAUUAAAAAGAAGAGUGUAAAGCAAGAUAUUUAAAUUUUAAAAACUGUACUUUAUCAGAUGACUGCAGUAACUGAAAAUGAAAGAUUUCCCAUCUUUAUUUAAUUUAACUUUAGUAUUAGUAUUAAUAUAAGAGGCUAUAAUUACUUCCCUUAGAGUAAAAUAAUCAUACAUAAGGCGCACUGUCAAUUUUUGAGAAAAUUAAAGGACUUUAAGUGCGCCUUAUAGUCCAAAAAAUACGGGAUGUGAUGUAAAGAAUUGAAAGAUAUAGAAUUAUGGGAUAAGGUUGGCUUACCUCUCAUCUUAAAUCCAUCUUUUUGUGCACUGCUUCACUUCUUUUACCCUGAUUGUUACUCCCACAGGGUAAGAUGAUCAUGCAAGAUAAACUGGAGAAGGAGCGAAACGACGCGAAGAACAAUGUAGAAGAAUACGUGUACGAGAUGAGAGAUAAACUUCACGGCGUCCUGGAGAAGUUUGUGAAUGAGGCUGUGAGUAUAGAUGAGACAAAACUUUCUUUUCUGAUUCUUAGCUGAUCUUUUUACUUUCAUUCAGUUCAAACAACAGCUUGAGUUCUGCUUUUCUGAUGUUCAUAUAAACUGUGUAUUUUCACCUGUUUGCAGGAUCGUGAUGCAUUCUCACUAAAACUGGAGGACACAGAGAACUGGCUCUACGAAGACGGAGAGGACCAACAGAAACAAGUUUACAUCGACAAACUGGCUGAACUGAAGGUAACUCGACAUGAAGCCGUUUGUGUUAUUUAGCGUUAGUGAGAAUUAUCGGUACAGCUUUUGUCAUAAAUGUCUCAUAAUUUAACAUUCUUUAUUACAGAAAGUGGGCCAGCCCAUUCAUGAGAGGUACACCGAAUCUGUGGAGAGGCCCAAAGCGUUUGAGGAGCUUGGCAGACAAAUCCAGAUGUACAUGAAGAUUAUUGAAGCUUACAAAGCAAAGGUAACACCUAGAAGUGGUUUCUCAGUAGGGACGGGCGAUAAGUUAUCGUUCACGACAUAUCGUCAGAAAAAUCCUCCAUGAUAAAUAUUUGCCAUCUCAUGACAAAUACGAUAAUGCAAGUUGAUGGCACGAGUGACGGACUCGCAGCCGUAGCCCACACAGAGCAGAAUAACAAACAAACAUGGCCGAAGGAGAAGGCGUUUCUGAGCAGCUUGUAACUGAACGAGGCUCCACAUCCGGGAUUUCCACUCAAACUUGUGGUUAAUUAUCUUAUUAGACUACUCCAACUGGUGUUCUCAAGACAAAAUGAGUCAAAAAUACAGGUUGGAGUUAUAAUUUUUUUUAUCGGGACUUUGAUUGUAAUCGCGAGGAUGGCAAAUCUUAUUGUGAUAAAUUUUUUAGCCCAUAUCGCCCAUCCCUAUUUCUCAGUUCGAUUUCACACCUAGCGUUUUGUAAUUGGUCGCUAAAUGUGUCAUGCAUCUGAUCUUAUUAAUAACGCACCUCAAAUCUUGUUUUUCAAGUGUAAAUAAACUGUAAAGCAAGUGCAGUCGGACAUUUUUAUCAGUUAGUUUAGCAGCAUAGUUAAACUGGGCUUCUCCUCUAACAGGAAGAGCAGUACAAUCACCUGGAUGAGCUGGAGGUGACUCGGGUCGACAAGCAGGUGAACGACGCGAUGGUGUGGAUGAAUGGCAAGAUGAACCAGCAGAACAAUCAGGAUCUGACUGUGGACCCGGUGGUCAAAGUGUCAGAGAUCAAGGCCAAGACUAAGGUACCGAGGGGACGUCUAACACCCACAACAUGAUGAAGAAAAAAAGGAGUGUAUGAAGAAUAAAAAAGAGGAGAAAGAGGAAACUAAAUGUUCUUUUUUUAAUGCAUGAUUUUUUACACAAGUACAGCAUGUCAUUUUCUUUUCAGAGGUUUACAUAAGAUUCAGUGAGCAGUAGAAUUUUUUAAACUUUACAGCCAGCAGUAAAAACAAUUUUCAGCUUACAAAACAACUGCUGUCUCCAAAAACAGCUGCACUUUCAGCAGAAAAAUAAGUGUGAAAUAGUCAAACAAGCCGUCAUUGUGCAAGUUGGUGAGAUUUCUCUUUAUUAAAAUAAAAUCUGCUUUUUCUCUCAAACAAUCCUUGAUGUUUCCCUUUCAGGAGCUUUAUUCAGCCUGCAACCUGGUGGUGUCCAAACCUAAGCCUAAGGUGGAGCCACCCAAAGAGGAGAAGACCGAGAACGGGCCAGUCAACGGGCAGGAGGGAACGGAGAACCAGCCAUGUAAUCCAGACAAAGCCACACCAGCAGGCGGGGAACAGGGAACAGCGGAGAACAAGCUCCCUGAAAUGGACAUCGACUAAAUGUUGCAGCCUCCCUCCACUGCUGAGUCCCACCUCUGUUUUUCCUGCUACCCACUCCCAAAUCUGUGGUUCUUCUGGGAUAGUUAUUGACGUCAGAGUAGCCGCUCUCUUGAAGACACAGACCGCAGCAUCCCUUAUCAAUAGGAUUCAUCACUCAGCCUCUUGGGCAUGUCAUAUCUCAUUUUCUCUGAUGAAUACAAAAAUAUCGCUUAAUAUUGAUAAUAAACGGACGACUUCAUGACCUAAAAGUUGUGAGUGUGGGAUGGGAAACUCUCUCUCUGUGUUGCUUCGAUGGCCGUUGUGUUAAAGAUUGUUUUGUUCAGCACCCUCUGAGCAUAUUUAAUCCAAGAAUGUCAGAUUUGUUGAAUUGUAGGCAAAGUGGCUGUGCAGAGGAAAGCUAGUAAUACAGAAUUUAUAUAAUGUAAAAUAUUGCAGUAUGUCAAAAUGAGAUAGAAGCAGUUAAAAAUGUAAACCAUGAAAUAUAGUGCAGUUUUUCCACUACAAAUAAUUGUAUCUGAUGAAUUACAAUGUUUUAGGUUUUAAAAAGACAGGCCGUUUAUGUUGAGUUUACUUGUACUGUAUGUUUAAACUAGAUACUGCAAGUUAAAGUCAUGCAGGAUGUCAUUGUCUGGCUUUUUCUCAUUAAGAAGCAGUGUUCUGUUGGUUGUUCUCUGGUAGCCUUGUAUUGCUUUUUUUUCUACUUGACGGUGUGGAUGCUGGUCCAGCAAAUUGCCUUCUGGGUGCUGCUGUUGUUGCCACAUCACCAUAAAAAAGCAAAAUAAAUCUUGUCCAAAAAAAA